AUGGAGGAUGGUGAACUGGUGUUUCAGUUUCCGGGACAAUCUGGCUCGCCGGUAGAGAACCGGAGGGGCUUUGGUGAAACUUUGGUUCUACGGCACAAAGAAGUUCAUCACUUCUUCUUUGUCCCAUUCAGGGAGCAGCCCAUCUACAGCACGCGUGCCCACGUCUUCCAGAUAGACCCCAAAACGAAGAAGAACUGGCUGCCAACCAGUAAGCAUGCAGUCACUGUCUCCUACUUCUAUGACAGCACCCGCAACGUCUAUCGCAUCAUCAGCCUGGAUGGCACCAAGGCAAUAAUCAACAGCACCAUCAGUCCCAACAUGACGUUCACAAAGACCUCACAGAAGUUUGGCCAGUGGGCGGACAGCCGAGCCAACACUGUCUACGGCCUUGGAUUCUCUACUGAGCACCACCUAGCCAAGUUUGCAGAGAAGUUUGCAGAAUAUAAAGAGGCAGCACGGCUCGCUAAGGAGAAAAGUCAAGAAAAGAUGGAGCUUGCCACCUCUCCGUCACAGGAGUCUCCAGGUGGCGAGCUCUCAUCACCUUUGACCCCAGUGACUCCACCCACAAUGGAGAACAUCAAUGGCACAGACGAAAUCUGUGACGUCACUCCCAACUCAGAGAUCCGCCCAGAGCCGUCACAGAACGCACUGGCCUUCGCACACAGCCCCACUAUGACCAAACACUGGGAGGCAGAGCUGGAGGCACUGAAGGGAAAUAACGCCAAGCUAACAGCAGCUCUGCUGGAGUCCACAGCCAACGUCAAACAGUGGAAACAACAACUGGCUGCCUACCAGGAGGAGGCAGAGAGACUUCACAAACGGGUGACAGAGCUGGAGUGCCAGAGCAACCAAACCCCAGCAAUCAAAUCCCAGAAAACAGAGCUCAACCAAACCAUAGAGGAGCUGGAGAAUACACUAAGGGACAAAGAGGAGGAAAUGGAAAGGUUGAAAGAAGAGUUGGAGAAUAUGAAUGACCUGAUGGAACAGAAAGACACCCUCACCCAGAAGCUCGAGGAGACAGAGUUGCGCAGUCGGGUACUGGAGGAGCAGCUGGCGGGGGCCGAGCAGCGACUGGAGGAGAACCAGGAGGAGCAGGAGAAUUUCAGGAAGAGCCUGCGGACGCUGUUGGAGCUCCUGGAUGGGAAGAUUUUUGAGUUGACGGAGCUGAGGGACACGCUUGCCCGGCUCAUAGAGGAGGCCAGCUAGAGAUGGAGGUGACCCUGGGUCAAUGCCGCCGAACUACACAGAUGGAGCCAUAUGAUUAUAUGCCCCCCCCCACCGCCA